AUGGCAGAUAUGAAGCAUAGUCGGGAUGCAUAUUCAACCAUGACAAAAACAAAAGCAUCCCCGUUUGUCGAUGAAGUGAUGGAAGCCCGACUGCCAGAAAAAUUUUGCCUCCCGCAGAUUACACCUUUCAAAGGUAAAACCGACCCAACGGAACACAUCAAAUGCUUUCGAACGUACAUGGAACUGCAUGAUGCUUCGGAUGCCCUGAAACCAAAGUCUGUCAUCACGUUCGCGGAACUCAGCGAUGCCUUUCUCACCAAUUUCAUUGGCAGGAAGAAGUUGAAGCCCCCUGCGCAUCUAAACAACAUAGUUCAGAAGGAGGGAGAUCUAUCGAAAGACUACAUCAAAUGUUUCAAUUUUGAAUCACUCCAAGUUCAGAAACAUUCAGAGGAGACGACACUCAAUUCCAUCAUGCAAGGCGUUAGGGAUAAGCCGUUUCUGGCAUCCCUGGACAAGAAUCCGCCUGAGACUUUGGCUGAAUUCAUGACUCGGUUAGAUAAAUACGCGGACGCUAAGGAAAUAAGAAACUUACGUGAGAACGCCCAGAGCAUAAAAACUCCAGCCAAAGAGUCAGCCAAAAAGGAAGUUGACUCGACCGGAGGAAAGAAGCGUAAGGACGACCGAACACGCGAUGAAUGCAAGUUGGGUAAGCGACUCGACCGAAGGUUUUCUACAUACACCCCGCUUAAUAAACCUCAAGAGCAGGUGCUGAUGAAAAUCAAGAGUGAAGGAUUUGUCAGCUGGCCAAAUAAGUUUUGGAGUAAUCCGAACUGGCGGAAUAAGGAUAAAUAUUGCUACUACCAUCGCGAUCAUGGCCACAGUACAAGUGAUUAUUAUCACUUGAAGGAAGAGAUCGAAAGGCUUAUCCGAGAAGGCCGGCUCAAAGAACAUGUCGAAAGAACUGGGACAGCAGAAGAACGCUCGGGGGAAAAUCGACCCACGGAGGAAAUCCAGACUAUUGUCGGUGGUCCCCAUGGUGGAGGCGACUCAAAUAAUGCUCGAAAAAAUUACACCAGGAGCAUCAGUUGA